GACGAAAACCCCUAGGGCAUCGAACGUCAAAUUCAAAAUUAUUACAGCUGUAAUCUUUUUAAAAUUCAAAACAAUAAAAUUUCAAAUUCAAAUCCUUUAAAAUUUUCAAAAAAAACAUGAAUAUAUAUCGAACAAUUCCAUCUCCGAGACAAUUCUCGUUAAAUUUGAAAAGACACGCUAGUAAAGUAGCUUUAGACGAAAUAAUUCGGGUCGAUCAUGCUGGAGAACUUGGUGCGGACAGAAUAUACGCCGGCCAAAUGGCUGUGCUAGGAACCACAUCGAAAGGACCUCUGAUUCAGCACAUGUGGGAUCAAGAGAAAGGCCACAGAGCCAAAUUCGAAGAAUUGAUUAAAAAAUACAGGGUCCGUCCUACAGUUAUGACACCGAUUUGGAAUAUUGCUGGAUUUGCAUUAGGAGCAGGAACAGCACUAUUAGGUGAAAAAGCAGCUAUGGCUUGUACUGUCGCAGUUGAAACAGUGAUUGUAGAACAUUACAAUGACCAACUGAGAACAUUGUUAGAAGACCCAGAAGCUAAUAAAGAGCUGAUGGAAGUUAUUACAAAAUUCAGAGAUGAAGAGCAAGAACAUCAUGAUACAGGUAUUGACCAUGGAGCAGAACAAGCACCUUAUUAUACUUUCUUGUCUGAUAUUAUUAAAUCAGGAUGUAAAGUUGCUAUAACAAUUUCAAAAAUUAUUUAAAAUGUUUUAAAAACAAUAAUGUAAAUACAUGUAUAAUCAUUUUGUUAAGUACUUAUUAUGUAGGGGUUUUUUUGUAAGAAUUUCAAAAAAUAAACAAAUUAUUGUAAAUUAAAAAAUAGGUAUAUUAUAAUUUUUCUAAAAUGACCAUAUAGGUACAAGAUCAAAAUAAAUAUACUGCUACAUUAACUAAUAUUAACAUAAUGUUUUAAAAAAUGAAUAUAUUUACUGGGGAAUCUACACACUGGGAUUUUAAAAACCAUAGGACAAUAAUAAUUAUGGUUGAAUUGAAAAAAUCUGUGGAUUGCCACUAUUGCCCAAUUUUUUUUUUUGAACUAUCACAUUGCUUUAUUACAUAAUAUAUUAUUUAUUAAGGUAGAUAUGUACUUAAAAAACAAUAGCAUAAAAUUUUAUCAGAAAACAUAUAAGUUAUUAUAAAUCAAAAAAAAAAGUUGUAUAAAUUAAAAAAAAAAGUAGAUUCAAGAAUAAUUACUCUAGACUUGAGUUUAUUUAGGCGCAGCAACAACCAUUUCUCUUAUAUAAAAAUUUACACAAAAUAUUACAAAGUUGGAUACAUUACCAAAUAAUAAUAAAUAUACAAUAACAUAAAAUGCAUAAUUUAGAGAAAAAUAACUAUUUACAAGACAAAGUUUCUGUACAUUAGGGUAUAAUAUUUUAACUGGCUCAAAAUUGCCUUUAGUCAAAUUUUAUGGCACCUAUAAUCUUAUUUUUAUAGUAUACCAAUGAUUGACCCCUGUAGUAUGAAAUAUGUUGAUACACAGAAUAGAACUAUAAAGAAAUAAUUAACCCAAAACUAAUAAUAAUAAUUAUUCUAUAAAUAUAUCACCAAAUUUUAGUAAGAAUAGAAAUUCACAUGCAAUAUUAUAAUGGUCAUUUUGAAAUUUUUAAGUCUUAUAGAAAUGUAGCAUGUGUGUAAAGCUCUUUUUUUCAAUCAUGUGAUUGUUAAAAUUCACAUUCAUGAAAAAACAUUUCACUUUGCACACUUGUUGCAUAAUUAGCCAUAUGUAGAUGUAAUGUAGCAAAUUCUUUUAUUACCAAAUCUUACUUUUCUUGGUUAGUUAACAGUACCUAUGAACUUGAAUAAGCAUUUGAUCAUUUAAGAUCUUAUUACAGAAUGAACUUUUAAUUACAUUACCUCUAGUUAAGUUUUAGUCAAUUAUAAAUUAUUUGAAACCUAUUUUGUUCUUGAACUUAAAAGAUUUUUGGUUUUAUCUAUUUUUUUAAAAAAUCACAAAAUGUGUUUUCUAUAAAAAUAGACAAAAUUAUUUACACUUAAGGACUAGUAAAUUUCCUAAAGUUUGGUCUGUUUUCACAGAAAUAACAAACCAGACAGAAUAAAUUUCACUCGAAAUUUCAUUAGUUGGAUUUCUUUAUGAGAACAGACCUACUGAGUAACAUACAAAAAUUAUGAUAUAGAACAAUUUGGUUUAUCACCUCCAUUCCCAUUGGAUUUUUCAAUUUCAGUUAACAAUAAAUGAAAUACAUCUGAGACAGAUAAAUUUUCUUUUGCAGAUGUUUCUAGAAAUAUAGCGUUCCAAUCUUCAGCCAAUUUUCUACCAUCACUGGACGAAACUUGUCUUUCCAAAUGAAGAUCUGUUUUGUUACCAACUAAAACUACAGGGACUUGAACUUUUCCUGUAAUAUCUAAUAGUUUAUCGUAAAUAGAUUUGACCACAUCGAAUGAUUUUACACUGGUGAUGCUGUAUACCAAAACAUAGCCGUGAACAUCUAUGCUAUAUUGUGUGGGAAAGAGUGAAUACUCAUCCAAGCCUGCAGUGUCCAUCAACCGUAUUUCAUACUCCUGCGAAUUUAUUCUGAUAGUUUUCGCAAAGGUAUUUUCAAUAGUUGGAUCAUAUGAAUCGACAAAUUGGCCUUCAAUAAACUGAAUGCUUAAAGAGGAUUUACCCACUGACCUAUAACCCAUUACAGCGAUUUUACGUUGCUUUGGCGAAGGCAUUUUGUCCACUUCACACUUAUACUAUUUUAUGUCUUUUUUUUUUUUCAAAUGAGGCGUGAGAAAAACUUGUUAUACAACAACGCAAUUUGCUCUCUUUAGAGCUACUACAUCGAAAUUGUUUGUUAAAAGGCGGAUUUUAGAGAAUGGACAACAAUUUCUCAUAGUAACAAAAAAACAAGGACACUAUCGACCAGACACAUUUAUUUUAUAAUAAUUUUAGAAUGUUGUCGCGAUUAGUGAUAAAUGUUUUAUGAAUGUCGCAAUUCUAGUUUGCACUUUGCACUUUU